UAUUGUAUUUAUGUCGCAAGUUAUAAAACUACGAUACUUUUGUUAUUAAAUAAAUUUAAUUCGUCUGGGGGUUUAAAAUCGUUAUAAAACCACAUUCCUUUUAGUUGUUUCAGUGUUAAUGUUUAGGCUUAAAAUAUGGUAUCCAAAUACGGCAAUAAACUUCACACCUUGCAAUUUAAGCAAUAUAUUGUUUAUGGGUAGACACUGGUCAAUGACAAUGGAACAGCAAAAGUAAAAAAAAACUAACGGGGUUACCCUGAAAAUGUAGGCCUAGCUAGACAGACAGAUAAUCAGAUAUCACCCAUACGUAACGGGAAGUAAUCGAUGUACUUCAUUUUAUUGAGACGAUAAACAAAAUACAAACAAUAUAUAUCAAGGAUAUUUGCAAUCAAAAGUUCCACCAUCGAACCCUCUUGAAAUCAUGGAACUGGAAUCGUCAAUUAAAGAUGCUGGUAAUGGCCUUAAAGCGGUGCGAGUUACAGAUCGUAAAAAGAAUGCAGAGAUCAUAAAGCAAUUUUUAACGAACAGCAACGCAGUGCCGGCUCUGUUAUCUGAAAAUACUCUUAAAAAACGGGGAUAUACAUGGAACAACCUCUUUGACGAUAUCAAUGAUUAUAUUUUAAAGGAAACUGAAAAAUUUGAACAGUCUAAAACUUUUGAGAACACUGUUAGACCACUAUGUACCAGCCUCUUACAUCAUUGUGUGGCGGGCUCUAAUAAAGGCAAAGCAUAUAUAAAGUGUGAUAAAAUAACUGAGACAAGUUUAUACAUACUGAAAGACAAUCGUCUUUCUAAAGCAAUUGGUGACAGUUACUUGAAUUUACUCCUCAAACAUGUCUUGCCAUACAAGCAUUACUUGGGUCAUAUAACACCAAGCACUUGGAAAGACCUACUGGAUGUCAGUAUUUCUACAUGUUUCUCUACUGUUUACAAAAUAGAUGCUUAUACUAAGCUGAGACUAAUUCUGCUUAUUAUGAAAAGUGGAAAGGAGAACUGCCAGUUUGUCAGACCUCUCAUAGAGUCUCUAUCAUCAUUAGAAACUUAUUUUGGCCUUGUCGCCAGCGACAAAAAAGUACAGGAUAUUGUUAUUGAAAUAAUUAUUUUGUUAUUGGAAACGCUUUCUUCCGAGUGUCGCCUAACUAUGUGUCGUUUUAUUGAGAGUUUCAUGCCGUCUUUAUUAAAAUUCUAUGAUCAAAACAAAGAUCAGAAGAAAAAGACAUCACAUUUCAAAUUGUUAAAUCUUGCGGUAGCACUGCACCACCCUCUAGGAAGGCACCAAAACGAAGAGGGAAGCCUUGCAAACAACUGGGAUGUCUGGAAUAAGUACUUGAACAGCAUGACAGAAAUCAUUUGCUUAGAAGUCAAUUAUUUGCAGAAAAAUAGAAAGCAAAAUGAUAAAUCAUUCCAACAAUGCUCAUAUUUUCACAGCCUUGCUGCUUCUGUCUUCCACCAGAUUUUUAAGAUGUCAGAGAGAAGCGAAAACGACACAGAAACUCCAUCAAAGAGAAUUAAACUGAGUGUGAACAAAAACAAAACGUUCAGCGAUCUUGUAAAUGAACUGCAGCAAAAUCAUGUGCCUUGGUUAGGAAUUGUAAAUGUGUAUACUAAAUUAUACAGUACCCACAUCACUUCAAGAGAAUAUCUAUUAUUAUUGAACUGUCUUCAGUUAUUGCUUGCAAAUAGCAGCACUAAUUUAGACUGGGACAUGUUCAAAGAGUUAGUUUGUUUUGUACUUGAGAGUUCAAACGCUCAUAUGAGUGAUGAUGAUGAUUAUAAAAACACUUUACUAUCACUAUGGAAUAGCUGCGUGAGAUCUUGCACAUCUACAAAUUCGUCGCACCAAGCCAUACAUACCAUUAUGCAAGGUGUAUUAACUUGCAACAUAUUGGAGUACCCCACGCAUCUCAUUAAACAGUACGUCGAAAAGGAAAUGCCUGUGACAACCCAUAGUGUUACAACUUUGAUUAACAUUUUUCAAAAGUUCUACAGCAAAUGUAGUUGCAGUGAUUUCAGAGUUAAAUGUUUAGCUUGGCUCACAGCUGGCGAUAGUUCAUCAUUCUGUGUAUCUAGAGUACCUGAAUUGUUAUUGAGAAUAAUUUCUAAUGAAAAUAUAACAUUGAACUUGACAUGUAACAAAAAUUUCGAACAAGUACGCUUACAUGACAUUUUAUUCAAUUCGCUGGAAAAGUGUAUUUUGUUUAGCGAAUUCGAAAUUGACGGCCCGACAAUACCUCCGGUGUUAGAAAACGCAUUUGAAGGCGUUGAAACUGAUACAGAUUUAGAACAGCAAAUACAUGAAUACUUGAAAAUUAUGCUAACAGAUAACAUUUCGAAGCGAUUACAAACUCAUACUGAAUUAUCAAUGGCUAUAAAAUUGAUGAAUGUUGUUGUGACGUACUUUGAUUUAUUAAUUAAGCUGAAUGUGAAAACACACGAUGAGAUCGAAACCUUGGACAUUUAUACUUUAUUAGUAACUGCUCUAACUCGUAUGUACUCGUCAUUUAAUACGUUGUUAGAGAACAACAUUCAGAUUCAGUACAAAGUAGAUUUUCUUCAGCUCGUCAACCAGCUUCUAGCUUCGGAAUUUCAUCCCAUAUUAACAGGAUUAGUACGAUCGACAAUCGAUGCAGACACAUUCCACAGUAUUAAUAACAUAUUGAAUACUGAAGUACAAGUUGAUGACGAUGAUAUCAUAAAUAUUGGAGACGAAGAUGAAAUGAAUAUUGAAACUUUAAAAAAGCAUUGUCUUCUAGUACUUGCUGCGUAUUGCAGAAAACACGCAGAAUAUCGCGAAGAUAUAUCAAAACUUAUAUUAGAUGAGUAUGAAUACAAUUUUACAUCUGAUACGGAAUGCGCUUUUCAGUGUAUUGAAAUGCUUAUAGACUCUACAGUUCAAGAUCCUCCUUUAGGUUUAAUUUUCACGCUGAUGCAACGCAUGUGUCAAAAACUGUAUAGAGAUUCGAAGGCGACAUAUGGGAUACUUAAAAUACUGCUUAAAAUCAUGGAUCCAUUAUGUUCUGAUGACAGCUCUAUGAAGGACAACUGUUUUAUUAUGAUCAAAAGUUAUUUGCAACUCUGUGAAGAUACGUAUUACCCACCGAGAGUUGCUUCUUUGAUUUAUGAAUGUGCAGCCAAAGUUAUUGUAAUGAGUCGUAAACAUGAUUGUGAAGUAGCCUUUAUUGAACAUAUUUUGAAGACUAUAAAAUGUAAUGUACAUAGCAUACGUCUCUUUUGUUGUUAUUUAGUGAAACUGAUUAAUCAUUUCCCUGAGGACAAGAUAAAUGCAUUUGCAAUUGACUUACUGGACAUAUUUUUAACUGAUUUACCUACUGUAGAAGAGUCCAUACUCAAGGAUGAAGCGGCUAACAGGACUUUUACUGUUCUUCAUUGUUUUGUUGCGCUGGCGCAGACAAAAAAACUGCCAACACUGACAAUAAUACUUCAAGUAAUUCAUAUCCAAAAAGUAAAGUCAUUGGAUAAACAAAUUGUUCUGAAGGUAUUAAAUCGGAUCACGCAAGCCUUCGGCAUCCAAAAUCUGGCAAAUUAUUUAAAUAACAAUAUUUUGGCUGUUGUUUACUUUUGGUUUUCGAAACAAAAUGCAUUUGGAGACUUGCCGAUUAGCCUAUUUGGAUUUGAAGAUACAGAAAUGUUUAUAGAAAAACAUAUGAAGUGGUUGAUAGCUGGAGAAAGUUUAUGGAGCCAUGAUGGAGCCAUCAUUAAAAGUGAUAUCUUAAAACGAGUGGUGAAGAAACAUAACAAGUCCACACAAUAUAUACUUGAGAUUUGCUUUUCCAAUAUAAUGGCUUUAUGUAUGCCUUAUAUCGUCAGUGCGAAAUACGAGAUAUCCUACUGUGAACCACAUAAACGAGAUGCAUUUAAAAAGUCGAUGCAAAGUGCAAAUAGAAUGUUCCAAACGACCGGCGAAAUGCUAGAAAACGAACAAUGGAGUAAUUUUUUUGUAGAGAAUAUUGGAGAAUUGCUUUUAUAUUUAGCGUCUCAUUUAAGAGACCCCGAAGAUGCAGAGAAAUUGUUUGACCUUAAAUUGCCAAGACAGAAUCAUGAAUACUUUUAUCCUAAGAAAAUAUUUUGUGCCAUACUGAAUUAUUUUGAAGAUCUUACAGACGGAAGUGUUUUACAAUAUUUAUGUAAAAACCAAACUAUAACAGUGUUUAAAAUAUUAUUUGAACUAUGGAAAGCCGUCACUCAAAAAAACCUAUUGGAAUUGAAGGUGUUAGCUCUACACGCAUAUGUAGUAUUUAUAAAAAGUAUACCGUUAAACCAGCCUUCUGACGCAUUUAUAUGUAACUUCGCCUGUAACGGUUUCACGCAAGUUGUAAAAGAUUGUGACAAUAAGAAUCAAAUGAGGUGUUAUAUCAAAGGCUUGAAGAUUGUGCUUGAUUACUUGCUGCCACAGAAAGCAGCGUUAAUGCGAAAGGCUCUGUUAGAAUUGCUUCCAAUUUUGCUCAAACAAAUAGAACUUGGCUUUGAACAGGAAUGUUCAGAAUUUGUAAAUUAUUUAACAAGUUACAUGGAUGAGCAUAUGCGUGAGAGUGAAGAUGUCGUUGACUUUCUGGGGUCUAUGUCCUCAGGCAGGGCUGAUGACGUGCGUUGUCCUAACUUGACUGUAUUUAAAGAGAAGCUAAAGACACAUAAGAUCAGCUUAAAACGUCCAAGUUAUGAGACGUUGCUGAAUAUCCACCAAUUUUUGUCGUGUAAUGUCUCCCACGUGCAACAGUUACAUCGCGACUUGGAUUCUCGAAACUUUUCAGAAGAAUGUGAGGCGACGAUAAUACAUCAGUUUGUUCAGUCACUGUGUAACGUUCUUAAAUCAACGUGUGAUGAUAAGACUAUCAUAGAAGCUUGCAACUGUUUAUCCAUCAUAAGCUCAUAUAAUAUGAAGACAUUGGUGACGGUGCCACCUGCUUACACAGAGCGGACAAAAACAGUUAAUCCGACGCGAUUCUUUUUGCAAGUUGUUGGCAAAUCUCUUCUAGAAGUGUUAUUUGAUCAAGAUGCGACAAUUACUGACGAAGUCUCAGUUACCUUAAAAAACUUGUUGAAGUCGCUUGAUAUUGAUGAAAUUCCAGAUUUGGAGACACUUGACAAAGAAAUAAUAAAACCUUUUUCGUCACGCUCUUCGGCGUCAGCGGUUGACACUGUAACAGACAGUAUGAGGUUUGAAGAGUAUUGUACAUCGUAUCCUGAAGGCAUAUUCUUGAACGCCUUGGUCGCUAAAAGCAGUACAGAUUGGUUAAAAGAAGUCACUUGUACUCUUCUACAAUUUAUACAUUCACCUACAAAUUACGUUAAUAAUUUACGGCAAGUCUGCUCAUUAAAGUCAAGUGUGUGCCGGAAAAUAUUGCCAUCCCUCGUAGGAGUACUAUUACAAGGACUAUCUGAAAGGCACGUAACGGCGCUUGGGGACCAAAUAAAAAGGUUCUUCAAUGAUGUUUGGGACCAGACCUUUGAUGAAAUAUUAGAAAACAGUGGAGAAAGUAACGUUAAUUCCAAAACAGCUGACAGAAUGACACAUAACUACAUGAAGAUCAUUCAAUAUAUGCUAGAUAUAGUCGACUUUGUUCGUAUACAGAGAAACUACUACCAGACUCGACGAGGCAGCGCGGUACAGACAUUAAAUUACUUGCAUCUUGAGUACGACAAGGUUGCAUGGGCGGCUGCGAUUAUAGAUCAGAACUGGGCCGCUAUCUACUAUGGCGAACUUUGGGCUAUAUUCCAAAACAAUGGCGUGUCGCCAUCAGCACCAGAAAUCACUUCGAACCUCGCUGGAGGAACUAACUUACAACGGAUUUUUAGAAAGUGUUACGUGUCUAUUGGAGAAACUGAUGCCAUAGAAGGUUGCGGAACCGCCCACCUGACGAUAGAAAACGAGAAACGCAAGCAUUUGAUAAACACGGGCCAGUUCACCGACGCGCUGUUGCUACACGACAUAGCGUUGUCGUGCGGCGGCCAGACUGACCCCGCCCUGCACUACGGGGUGGUCAGGUCUCUACACAAGUCGGGCAUGCAUCAUCUUGCUCUGCGGUAUAUUAAGUCUCUGCCGGAAAAUGACCAGCUUAACGAUGUUAAAUAUGAUUGCUUGGCGUUCUUGGGUGACUGGAGCGAUUUCGUUGACACAAGAAAACUAGAAGAAAAAUAUAAACAAAAGAACUGCAACCACAAUUCUAUAGUGAAAGCGUUCCAAUAUGCAUGCCUUAAAAGUUGUUUAAACGUGCAAACAACUCCUGAAUGCGAAAAUAAACUGAUCCUGCCAUUGAAUAAAGCGAAGCUGGCUGUUUCUAAAUUGUGCCACAACCUUAACAUGAAGAACUGCCAAAACAUUUAUAAAGUUUUAGAAAAACUGCAUAUCUUGAAUGACGUCGAACACUAUUUUUCAGUGAGAACUAACCGCUUACAUUUGACCGACUUGCUUCGGAAGUGGGAUGUGGAAAACUUACCGCAGUUCAGAGAUUUUAAGCACAUUGAGACAUUCUCAUCCCAGCGUGUUCUGUUACUCGAGCACGCUGCCAAAUCUCACAGUAAUUUUUUGACAGAAAUAGUUUCGUUGCAGACACAAUAUUCUCAACUAGCACUUAACAAUCGAAGGGUUCAGAUGGCCCAGCGCCUUUUAGCGGUGGCGAAGAAGUCCAAGUUGUCAGAGGACAUAACGCUAGUGGAGAGUGAGAUAGCGUGGGCUAAAGGACACAGCGAAAUAGCCUUGUCCCUACUUCGCAAUAUAAUCGACAAACAUACACUAGACUCCAAGCUUGCUGCUGUUUCUUUGCGACGAUACGGCCUCUGGAUGGCAGAAUCGAAACGUGAUAAUCCUCGAGAAAUAAUGCACAAAUACUUGAAGAAAAGUCUUGACGUUCUCAAAGACGAGCAUAUAGAUGUAAGACUUAAAGUUUAUCACGACAUUGCGAAGUUCGCCGACGCAGAGUAUAAGCAGGUGGUGACGUACAUGAAUUCAUCAAUAUAUGAAAACAGAGUGAAGUGUUUAGAAAAUAUGAAAGGCACAGCGACAUCUUUAGGUACCAAAUCUACAAAAGCAUUAACAAAGGAGGAAAGCAGGGCCUUGUCUACGAAUAGAAAGUUCAAAGAAUUAGAUGAAGCUGAAAUUGUCAAUACUCAAGUAGAAAAGGACAAUUACUUGAACUUGGCUAUGCGAUACUAUUUGCUGUCUUUGAAACAGUGCGACGAUAACAACUUGUCGGUAUUCAGAGUUAUAUCGUUGUGGCUGGAUAACCAGAACUAUGAAUUUCGUCCCGAAGGCAACGAGACUUUCGAGGCACUUCUAAAUUCGAUACCCUCCUGGAAAUUUGUGACAGUACUACCACAACUUGCGCCGCGGCUGACCAAUGAAAAUACGGCGUUUAUGAAUAAUCUGAAGAAUUUGAUAAAACGGUGCGCAAUCGACCAUCCACAUCAUACUCUACCUAUUCUGUUCGGCUUGAAGAACUCUGACAAAGACAACGUGAUAAUGAACGCGAGCAGCAGUAUCGGCGGCAGCAGGCGCGCGCGCGACCACGAGCCGCGGGUCGCGGCCGCGCUCGCGCUCGUCACGGAACUGCGCGCGCGCGGCGGACACAUCGCAACCGUCAUCACGCAAAUGGAGAAACUGUGUGACGCCAUUAUAAGCUUCGCCAAUUAUAUGCCUCAAUCAAGGCAAAAGAAACAGAAGAUACCAGAUGCAGAAAAUAUACACAAGCUGCGAAAUUUGAAUGACAUCCCUGUUCCAACGCUUACCUUGGCUCUAAGGAAAGAUUGCAAAUACACGUACAUACAUACUUUACAAUCAUUUGAUAAAUUCUACGAAUUAGUUGGCGGUGUCAAUUGUCCAAAAAAGAUAAACUGCACUGAUUCUUCAGGAAAAGUCCACAUCCUUUUAAUAAAGGGUGGAGACGAUUUAAAACAAGAUGCUGUGAUGCAACAAGUGUUCAACAUUGUUAAUACACUGUUGGAAAAAGACCCGGUGACACAUAAGAACAAACUUUUAAUUAGAACAUACAAGGUCGUGCCCAUGUCUCGUCUGUCCGGCGUAUUGGAAUGGUGUGAGGGUACGAUACCGAUGGGGCUCUACCUUGCCGCUCCUGAUAACGCCGGCGCCCACGCCCGGUAUCGUCCACAGGACAUUUCUUGCGACGCUGCACGGAAAAAAAUGAUUGAUUGUAGUAAUCAAAGUCACGAAGUCAAGUUGGCGGUUUACAAUAAAAUAUUGAAAGAAUUUAAACCAGUCUUUCAAUAUUUUUUUAUUGAACAUUAUCUUGAUCCAGUUACCUGGUACGAGAGAAGAUUAGCAUACACGAAGAGUGUUGCUACAUCUUCAAUGGUGGGUUACAUCCUCGGUUUGGGCGACAGACACAUGUACAACAUUUUAAUUGACAAGAAAACCGCUGAAGUUAUCCAUAUAGAUUUAGGUAUUGCAUUUGAACAAGGAAAAACAUUGCGAACUCCCGAAACAGUGCCAUUCCGAUUAACACGAGACAUUAUUGCUGGUUUCGGUUCCAGUGGCACCGAAGGAACUUUUAAACGAUGUUGCGAAAAAACAAUGCAACUUCUUCGCGAUAACCAGGAGACAUUAUUAACAAUAUUAGAAGUUUUACUGUGUGACCCUCUUUACUCAUGGUCGGUUAAAACUGCGCAGCAAAAUGCUCCAAAUGCGAGCCUCGAUACUACUGCUGAAUGCGCGUCGAGUUCCCCCGUGGGCCUGGCGGCGCGCGCGCUGCUGGUGGUCCGCAGCAAGCUGUGCGGCACGGACUCGGGCGGCGCGGCCGGCGUGGCCGUGCCCGGACAGGUCGCGAGGCUGCUGCACAUCGCCGCGGACCCCUUCAACCUCUGCCGCCUCUUCCACGGCUGGCAGCCAUACUUGUGAUCUAUGUGCCUUAUUAAAUAUAUCUUAUACUUACUGUGAUCUAUAUGUUACAAACAAAUAAAUGAUUAUUUUUUA